GAUCCGUGUCCCCAGGGAGGAGGUGGCCGGGAGUGCUCAGGUGGCGGCAGAAGAUGGGGACAGCGUGGCCUUGGAUCAGAAUCCAGCCUGGAUCACGGAGCCCAGGGCUUCCAGGGCUGUGGGGGACACUGAGGGGCUUCCUCCUCCCUCUGGCAAACUCAGACGAUGCUUUACCUGGGGGCUGUGGAUAAAGCUCAUUCCCUAACCUCCCCUCUGGGCUUUGGGAGCUCGAGCGCCUGGAAUUUUUUCCCAGGCACCAGAGGGAGAUGCGACAGGACCAGGAUGGAGCCGGGCACUGUCCCUGUGUCCGUGUGGGAUGUGGGACAGCCCCACCCUUGGGAAUCAGUGCUGCGGGAACAGUACAGCCUUGGCUGGGUGUUUGUGCCUCUCUUCCAGCCGUGGAACUAUUUUUAGGCUGGAGCAAGGAGAAAUCAGGGAAUCAGUGUUGGUAAUUAAAUAGUGAUUAAAUGUUUAUGGGCAGGCUGCAGCGAAGAGUGGCUGGGGCUGGGGUCAAAGGAGUGUUUGGGCAGGAGAUGGGGGUAAGGGGAUUUUUGGGUCACCAUGGACAUGCUGUACCUCUGAAGAAGCAUCCCUGCUCCUGCUGUCUCCACACUGCGCCUGAUGCUUUCACAUUCAGAGAUAAAUUGCCAUGAAAUCCUUGAUGUGCUCAGAGUUUUGCUGGCUCAGGGUCAAAUCCAAGGCUGGCAGCUCCCUGUUGUGGGUGGCCGGAUCACCAGAGGGGGACAGUGAUGGAUGGUCCAGCCAGGCAGAGGGGCUGGCACUGGCAGAUGCUCCAGGGAAGCACCGGCUCUGCUGCACCUCCCCAGGUCAAGGCUUUGGAAACUCAUGUGUUUAUUUGGGAGUCAACAUGAUUUGCUUGAUUGGUGUUGAUUUCUGCUGGCAGCAAUGAACUUGUGCAGCAGCAAAAACCCAAGCACGCCGUGGCUGCACCCCCCUCGUUGGCUUUAGCUGUCCAUGGUCAUUGUCCCUUUUCCAGCUGCCUGCAGGGAUGGAGUCCGGCUGCUGCCUGAGCAGGGCCCGGGUUUGUGCUGGGAAAAACGGCUUGGGGUGGAAAUCUGGAGGGGAAGGGUGGGGAGCAGGAUUUUAUUUGCCAAAACGGAAGAGGAAAAGCACUGGGAGCUGGGAAUGCUGGCUGCCUCUCCAAGGGAUGCUCCCUCGGGAUGCGUGAAGCUCAUAUGGAAUGAAGUUCUGGGGACUUAGGGACCAGACAGGGAAAUUGGGGUGUCCCUGCCCCCCCUCUCUUGGUAGGCACAGGGACCAUCACCUGUCCUUAAGCGGGACUUCUUGGAGCAGCUCCUUUGCUUAUCCCAAUCCAUAAAAUGCUGCAGCAUAGCUGUUCCCCCUUUUUCAAGCCAAAUUCCUCCCUGGCAGGCUCCCCAGCCCAUGGGAACACCCCGGGAUGCACAGGGCUGGCACAGGGGGAUGCUCUCUGGUGAAACCACAGGGGUUGCUCUCACUGAGGAUGUGCUUUAAAACAUCAAGGCCAGAUUUUUGUUAUUCUCUUUGAAAUGUGGUUUUCUGCUUCCCAAACACACCUCAGAGCAUAGCACGGGUUGGGAUGUGGCUGCUGGGAGAGAGACCUGCCCAUGGGACCUGGGAUGUGCAAAUCCCACCCAUCUCCUGGCUGGGAGAGGAGAAAACACAGGAAAAAAAAAAUCCCUUUUUCUGUUCAAGUGAGGAAGUGAUUCCUGGGGAGAGAGCAGCAGGGAUGUGCCAGCAGUGCCUCACUCCCUGCCACCUCCCACUCCUUCAAGAUGCUAAAAAUAUCCCGAGCCAGGAACGGACGUUGUGGCUGUGCCUGUGGAUAUUUGCUGCUUUUUUCCCUGUUCGUGCUAAUUCUGUGUCACUUCCAAUCCUGUCUAAAUGAGAGUGAAGAUGAUUCCCAGAGGAGGAGGAGAAGCUGCUCAGCUCACAGAGCCGAGAAGACCGAGGUGCUGAGCGAAGAUCUGCUGCAGGUGGAGAAGCGGUUGGAGCUGGUGAAGCAGGUGUCCCACAGCACCCACAAGAAGCUGACUGCCUGUCUGCAGGGCCAGCAGGGCCUGGACGCCGACAAGCGCUCGAAGAAGCUGCCACUGACGACGCUGGCGCAAUGUCUGAUGGAGGGAUCGACCGUGCUGGGGGAUGACUCCCUGCUGGGGAAGAUGCUGCGACUGUGUGGGGAGGCUGAGGACAAACUGGCGCAGGAGCUCAUCCACUUUGAGCUGCAGGUGGAGAGGGACGUCAUUGAGCCGCUCUUUGUGCUGGCUGAGGUGGAAAUCCCAAAUAUCCAAAAGCAGAGGAAGCACUUAGCGAAGCUCGUGCUGGACAUGGACUCCUCCAGGACGAGGUGGCAGCAGUCGGUGAAGUCCUCGGGGCUGGCCAGCAACCUGCAACCCUCGGGCGCCAAGGCCGAUGCUCUAAGGGAGGAGAUGGAGGAGGCAGCCAACAGAGUGGAGAUCUGCAGGGACCAACUCUCGGCUGACAUGUACAAUUUUGUGGCCAAAGAAGUCGACUAUGCAAACUAUUUUCAAACUCUGAUCGAGGUGCAGGCUGAGUACCACCGCAAAUCCCUGGCACUCCUGCAGAACUUCCUGCCACAGAUCAAAGCCCAGCAGGAGGCAUGGAUGGAGAAGCCCUCCUUUGGGAAGCCCCUGGAGGAGCACCUGGCCGUCAGCGGGCGGGAGAUCGCCUUCCCCGUAGAGGCCUGUGUGACCAUGCUGCUGGAAUGCGGGAUGCAGGAGGAGGGUCUCUUCCGGGUGGCUCCCUCGGCCUCCAAGCUGAAGAAGCUCAAGGCUGCCCUGGACUGCUGCGUGGUGGAUGUGCAGGAGUACUCAGCUGACCCCCAUGCCAUUGCAGGAGCCCUCAAGUCCUACCUGCGGGAGCUGCCCGAGCCCCUCAUGACGUUUGAGCUGUACGAGGAGUGGAUCCAGGCCUCCAACAUCCCAGAACAGGAGAAACGGCUGCAGGCUCUUUGGAAUGCCUGCGAGAAGCUGCCCAAAGCCAACUACAACAACAUCAGGUAUGUGAUUAAAUUCCUGGCCAAGCUGACCGAGUACCAGGAUAUGAACAAAAUGACCCCGAGCAACGUGGCCAUCGUGCUGGGGCCCAACCUGCUGUGGCCACAGGCGGAGGGGAACAUGACGGAGAUGAUGACGACGUUGUCACUGCAGAUCGUGGGCAUCAUUGAGCCGCUCAUCCAGCAUGCAGACUGGUUCUUCCCGGGAGACAUCGAGUUCAAUGUGACUGGGAACUACGGCAGCCCCCUGCACGUGAACCACAACGCCAACUACAGCUCCAUGCCCUCGCCAGACAUGGACCACAGCGAGCGCCGGCAGCACGACCAGGCCCGGCGGCCCCUCAGCGUGGCCACCGACAACAUGAUGCUGGAGUUCUACAAGAAGGAUGGCCUUAGGAAAAUCCAAAGCAUGGGCGUCAGGGUGAUGGACACCUCGUGGGUGGCUCGCCGAGGCACCUCAGCGGGGCGCAAGGCGACCUCGGCCCCCCCGGCCGCGCAGCCCCCAGCCCCGCCCGCCGAG